GAAUAUCACCAUAUUCAAUAAAUGCUUUAGUCCAACUUCUAACACAACGAGCAAAUCAUAUUCCUCGAUUUAAUAGUUGCAACUUAUAUCCUGAAGUUAAAUGUUCACUUUCAAGUUUUAGUUUAUUUUCAAUUCUAUUAAUUAAUGCAUUUUUAUUAGCAUUAUCAGAUUUAGAACUACCACCAGAACCACUAGAAGAAUUACCACCAGAGGAACCACCAGAAGAACCACCACUAGAAAAACCACCAGAAGAACCAUCACCAGAGGAACCACCAUCAAAAUUAUUGUCAGAAGAACCACCACCAAAUUUUUUUCGGUAUUUUGUUGUUCGUGAGUUUCCUACAUUUACUAAUAGACGUUUGGAAUGUUUUAAUGCUUUCAUAUUUUUAGUUAAAACUAAAAAAGCUAUUCCGCCUCAUCCUCAUUGGUCUAUCCAACUUCAUCAUCUAUGCUAA